CAUACAUAUAACCCACUCACGGCUGUCGUCACUGAGGUCAGGUAGACGGAGCGAAGAUGGCGACCGCCUACGAGAGAUACAAUCUGCACACCACCCCAGAGAAGUUCUUCAUCGAGGCCUGCGAUGAGGGGGCUGACGCUGUGCUGGCAAUCGACAGGGUCUCAAAUGAGAUGACCCUCACAGGUAAAAAGGAUGUUCCUCCCUCAGCAGUCACCAGGCCUAUAUGUGGCAUCAUGGGAACCAUUCGCCUGGUGGCAGGGAUGUACCUGAUCGUCAUCACCAGGAAGAGGAACGUGGGCAGCCUCCUGGGCCACGCCGUGUGGAAGGCAGUGGAUUUUGAUGUGAUCUCUUACAAGAAGACAGUGCUGCACCUCUCGGAGAUCCAGUCGCAGGAGAAUAAGACCUUCCUGUCAAUGAUCAACAAUGUGCUGACUACAGACGGCUUCUACUUCUGUACCGACUACGACCUGACACACACACUGCAGCGGCUGGCCAACACCAGCCCCGACUUCCAGGAGAUGAGUCUGCUGGAGAGGGCAGAUCAGAGGUUUGUGUGGAACGGGAACCUCCUGAGAGAACUUGCUGCGCAGCCAGAGCUUCAUAAAUUUGCACUUCCUGUUGUCCAUGGAUUCAUCGUCAUGAAGCCGUGUCGUAUAAAUGGGAAGAUCUUUGAGUGGAUCCUCAUAUCCAGGAGAAGCUGCUUCCGGGCCGGCGUCAGAUACUACGUCAGAGGCAUCGACUCUGAGGGCCAUGCUGCUAACUUUGUGGAGACUGAGCAGAUAGUUUUGUAUGAGGGAGCAAAGGCUUCAUUUGUACAGACACGAGGCUCCAUGCCCUUUUACUGGAGCCAGAGGCCCAACCUCAAAUACAAACCUAAACCUAUAAUCAGCAAAACCACCAGUCACAUGGAUGGUUUCCAGAGGCAUUUCGACUCUCAGCUCCUCAUCUAUGGAAAGCAAACUAUUCUCAACCUGGUGAAUCAGAAGGGCUCAGAGAAGCCACUAGAACAGGCCUUUGCAAAGAUGGUGUCAGGCAUGAACAAUGGUAUGCUCAGUUACAUCGCCUUCGACUUCCACAAAGAGUGUAGCCACAUGCGAUGGGACCGUCUCCAGAUCUUAGUGGAUUCCGUCGCUGAGAUACAAGAUGAAUACGGCUACUUCAUGGUGAACUCAGAGGGGAAGACGGUGGCCCAAGAGAGAGGAGUCUUCCGCAGUAACUGCAUGGACUGCCUGGACAGAACCAAUGUCAUCCAGAGCCUGCUGGCCCGACGCUCCCUGCAGUCUCAGCUCCAGAGGAUGGGGGUGCUGAAUGUGGGCCAGCGGAUUGAAGAGCAGGCUGAGUUUGAGAAGAUCUACAAGAACGCAUGGGCUGACAAUGCCAAUGCAUGCGCUGUACAGUACGCAGGAACCGGAGCCUUGAAAACAGACUUCACAAGGACGGGGAAGAGGACCAGGUGGGGGCUGCUGAUGGAUGGCUGGAACUCCAUGAUCCGCUACUACAAAAACAACUUCUCUGAUGGAUUCAGACAGGACUCCAUUGAUCUGUUUCUGGGUAACUUUGCUGUUGAUGAGUCAGAUGGACCCACUCCUCUUCGUGUGCAGAAGGACUGGAAGUUCCUCACGCUGCCCAUCAUCAUGCUGGUGGCGUUUUCCAUGUGCAUCGUGUGUCUUCUCAUGGCUGGUGACACGUGGACAGAGACCUUGGCCUAUGUGAUGUUCUGGGGGGCUGCGAGCGCCAUCACAGCCGCCAUCAUCCUGUUUAACGGCCAAGACUUUGUGGACGCCCCCAAACUGGUUCACAAGGAGAAGAUGGACUGAGUGGUGUGUGUGUGUGUGUGUGUGUGUGUGUGUGUGUGCGUGUG